AUGGGCACAGCUCCUGAACUGACUGGCGCUGUCCUGCCCCAUGGACCCCCUCCUACCUCCUUGUCACCCCCUCCUCCUGUGCUCAUUCAGGCCUCCUCUAGCCCGUGGAAUCCCACCCCGGCUCCUGUCAGCAGUCCUUCCCUGCUGCUCCCCAUCCCUGCCAUCGUCUUCAUCGCUGUGGGCGUCUAUUUGUUGCUGCUAGGCCUAGUGCUGCUAACUAGGCACUGCCUGCUGGCCCAGGGCUGCUGCACCAACUGCAGCUCCCCCUGCAGGAAGCAAGGCGCCUCCAGGCCCCAGGACUGUUGCUGGACCUGUGCAGAAGCCUGCGACUUCCCUCUGCCUAGCCCAGCUCACUACCUGGAUGCCUGCUGCCCCCAGCCCACCGAAGCUGGUUGGGCCCCUCAUUGCCCUCCUUGCUGCCCACUCUGCGACUGUGCCUGCGCGUGCCAACUUCCUGACUGCCAGAGCCUCAACUGCCUCUGCUUUGAGAUCAAGCUCCGAUGAGGACCCAAAGUCCCUGCCCUCUGGGGCGCAGCCAGCCCCCGGGGCCCACAUGCCCUCUUCCCUGAGGGACCUCAGGACACCUUUCUCCAGGCCACUGGAACCACAAAUGGGAUGCCUGGCUCCCUGGCCUGAGAACCAGCAGUGGAGGACUUCGUUCUCAGCAGGAUCCCUGUCCAAAGAUUUAUUUCCCUUUUGAGGGCCUCAGUCUGGAUUUCCCAGGAAGAAAUGUCCUCUGAAG